AUGUUCGACGUAUUGCAAGAUGACAGCAACGAUGCAAUAACUUCAUUGCACGAUGCUGCUUUACAACUUACUGAUACUGACCUCCAGAAAUGGUUUCCCGAUGUAAGUAUUUACUUUUCGGCUUACUGUGCUUAGUUUAUUGCUACUAGAAGGUGUAUAUUCUAAGUAUUUUAUAUUUCUUAAAGAGAAAUGCUUUAACAUCUAUCUUACUAUAACCUUUUCAGUUUGAAUGCACGUUGAAAACACGGUCGAAAAGAGUUAAAGAUGUGGUCCUGAGAAGAAACUUGUACACGGUAAAAUGUAUGAACACAAACAGUAUCGAGUAUCACUUGAAGAAGGCAACCGGUGCUAGCCUCAUGUGUGAUCGAAUACCUUUUUGUGAAACCGUCUUCUUAAUUCACGUAAAUGUAGGUUCAAACUUGGUAGUAUUAUUGUAAAUGUGUUUUUUCGAACUAUUAUAACAACUUAUGUAUCUUUAAAAUUGUAAAAAAAGUUUUAAAUAUAUUUUCUACUAACUUUACAGGCAGGUUUAUGCAUCGACGUGGUCAAGAAAGGCGUGGGACUACCUGAACUCCGCUCAGCAUUGCCAAUACUUUUCCAACGAAUCGAGUUUAUGGUGACGUAAGUUAACAAUCAAAAAGGUUUUAUCAACAAAAAGCAACUCAAACACGCUUUUUAGUGUCAUAAUUAAAAAAAAUGUAAUUCGAAUACUAAAAAUAAAGUUUUUCACAUGAACAUGUUCCCUGUGUUUUAGGUAAUUCUAUAAAAUUGCAGACUUGUCCGUGACGUCUGCAGAUGUAUUCAGUACCUGCACAUCGAAGACCUCCAUCACAUUGACCUUCAGCCUGAGCACUUUGUAUUCGGCUCAGACCUUCGAGUACAACUGACUGGACUAGGAAACGUUUCGCCUUUAAACGUACCCAAAAGACCACGAGAAGGCCCUGAAUCCGUGUACGAUGCUCCAGAAGUCAAGCAAGGCGCUUCAGAGUAAGGUGAAAAGGUUAUUUGUCAAAAUAACGUAAAAUUUAAACUUUUUUAUGUUGAUAUACAUUGUUCUACCUGGUAUAUUAGACUAAACAUCGUGAAUUAUCUUCUACUUAAUCGUUACCGCAGUAAAUGAUACCAAUGCCAUGCCAUUAUUGUUUCACUGUUUUAUAAAAAAACUUUCAGGAUCAACGCAAAAGCGGCAGACGUGUUCAGCGUCGGAACAAUAUUACUCGAGUAUCUGUUUGGAAAUGUCAGGCCAGAGAUCCAAAACCAUUCGUUGGUCGGACCGACGGAAACUGUUAAGACUGUCUUACUGAAUAUGGUUCAUGAGAACCCAAACAAACGGCCCACUGCAUCCCAAGUCAUCUACAAUCCCACAUUGAAGCUGAGAAAGAGACCGACUCAAUAA